CUGUUAUUAUUUACUUACCCUCAUGUGGUUCCAAAUCCGUAGGACCACAAAUGUAAAAAUGCUACAGAAUGUACUGGCUGCUUUUUUAUAAAGUUAACAGGAACUUGGGCUGUCAAGAUCCACUUAAGAUUUUAAGUGUGUCAGCAACAUGAGGAUUUCCUCUUUGUUUCUCCUGUUAUAACACAAUGAUGUUGUGUUGGAUUUUAAUACUUCUGACCCUACAAUUUUUAAAGGCAGAAGAAAUGGAGAUUUACGCACAGGAAGGAGGAACUGUAACUCUGCCCCGAGACUCACACGGAGGAGCUGUUGCCAAUACAGAAAAGGUUUAUGUGAACUGGUAUAGUGGGCCAGAAAAGACCCUUGUAAUCAGCAGAAACCCUCAAGCUGGAAUUCAACCGGGGAAAGAUAAGACACGGUUCUCUAUGUUAUCGGAUUUCUCUGUUCAAAUUUCACCAGUAUAUGAAAGUGAUUUUGGAAUUUUCAGCUGUGAACAACACAUAUUGGCACAAACGUAUACCAAGAACUACAGACUGCGUCGUGUUACUGUAAGCAGACCGCAGGCAGUGAUGGUUGGAAAUUCUCUGUCUCUGAAAUGUACGCUGGAAACAGGUCAAUUGAGCGGUACAGCCAGUGUAAAUUGGACACCACCUAAAAAUUGUAACGUAACCAUUCAAGGGUUAAAUCAUGAAAUAACAGUGCCCAAAGUGCCCGUGUGUGCUAGUGGUGUUUGGACAUGCACUGUUAAGUAUAAUAAGAGAGAAGUCAAGGCAACAACGGCUGCUUAUGUAAUAGAUCUCUCCGCUCCAUCAGAUCCCAUUUAUACCUCUGUCUCCAACUCCUCUUCGGUCAACAUUCCUUGUUCUUUAUCUGAUGACAUUCCCUGGGACCUCUUACGUGACGGUCUGCAGGGGGGUAGCUGGAGUUUCAGUCCUCUAAGCAAUGCAAACCAGCAACCUCCAAAAGAUGUUCUCACCCUCCAUAUAAAUUCAACAAUUAAAUGGAUUGCCACAAAGGACGCACCCAUCGCUGUCCAGCAGAGAGAGUUGAAAGACAAGGAUCUGUCCAUCAUUAAGCUGCCUGUGUCUGAGGCGAUCAGGGGGGAGUACACCUGUGCUCUCAACUUUAAAGGCAAAACUUUCAGCAAGAAAAUCAAGGUGGAGGUUUUGCAGGUUACAUCUACUGCUACACAUAGUCCUCUUAUCGAAGGCCAAAGGGUGAAUCUGUCAUGCUCAUUAGGACAUAAUACAACCCAUGAGGUGAAAUGGAGACGUCCAUCAGGCUCCACUCAUCCCCUUCUCAGGUCAUCUCCUCAUUCAGCAUUUCUGUCCUUCCCUGUGAGGAUGGAGGACAAAGGCAAAUGGACCUGUGAACUCUGGGACGACCAGAAGUUGCUGACAUUUUCAGAGAUUGCUUUACGGAUUGAUGUUGAUGUAGAGACGACAAAAAACAGAUUCUGCUGCUGCAAGAAUCCUAAGGAAACCGAAUUCUACAAGACCUAAAGAGACUUUUCAUGAUUGAUGAUCGGCUGCCUGACAAGAUUACACUCAUUAUUACAUUAUAAAUUUUUGAUAAAGAUAAAAGGUGUAAAUAUCACAAUAUAUGCUGUAAUUUGAAAGAAAGCUUCAUGCUUGAAAAGGGAACAUUGCAUCAUUAGAAUAAAAUGUAAAAAUCAAGUGUAAUUGAAGCUCUGUACUCUACUGUAUACAUUUUAGAAAUUAUCCUGCAAUGCAAAACAUCCCUUUUUAUAUUUCCUGGAAAAUCCUGCUGAUGUUGUCAUUUUUUAUUCUUCUGUUAAAGUUUUUUGACUACUAUAUUUACUUACCUCCUUAUACUCGUGUGGUUCUAUUAAAUUUAAAAGGUAUUAAGUUUUCAUUUCCUCUGAUAAAAUAAAAAUAUUGAGAAAUCAAAAAAAUAUGAAAUAACAAUAGUAUGAAACUGUUAACAAUUCGCUGGCUUGGAAUUACAAGGUUCUAUAUUUUUGUCAAAAUUUAGUUAUUCACACAUUCAUAUUCUGACAACUUAUUUACAUAAUGUGAUGUUUUUUUCCAAGCUGUGUACAUUUUAGGACUUUUUAUUAAAAAAGACCACAGACACAA